AAUGGAGAGGAUUGUACUUUUAAAUAUAAUUUUGAUUGGAGGUUUGUUUUAUAACAUUGACAUUAUUCAAUCGCUAUCCUGCUCGGGAGUGGCUCGUUGCGAGUUGACACCUUGGAACGCUUGGGAACCUUGUUCAGAGAAAUGCGGAGCCGAAGGCAACUCGGGCAGAAACUUAAGUGAAACAAGAGUAUGUGGUACUGUUUGUAACGAAGGUCGUUGGCUUCAUUCAAACAAGAGUUGCCUUUGUAACAUAGGAUUUACGGGAAUGUGUUGCGAUAAAUAUUGCCCAAGCGGCAGCUACGGAUUAAACUGCACAUUUAAAUGCAAUACAGAAUGUAUUAACAAAUUGUGUAAUCAUAUCAAUGGAUCAUGUACGAUUGGCUGCGUUCAAGGAUAUUGGGGUGAAAAGUGUAAUAAGAAAUGCGCUAAUUGCGACAAUAUUAAGUGCGAUCGCGAAACUGGAACCUGCCCGCAUGGAUGUCAGGCGGGUUAUUUCGGAAGGCUCUGCAAUAGACGAUGUUCAACUUGUAAAAAGGGAUUAUGCCAUGCGAGAAGUGGUAAAUGUACUAAAGGUUGUAUUAGUGGAUAUUUUGGACAGCGUUGCCGUAAAACAUGUGAUUUAUUACAUUGUGUUAAAAAUAAUAUUUGUACUAAUGAGCUGCCUGGAUGUUUCAAAUUGAAGAAUGGCUCGAUAAAGUUCGAUAAAUCUAAAAUAACAUCAACUAAGACAAUAUUCCCAUUCUCAACGACAACUCAAAUUCAUACGUCAGCAACUCCAGAUAGUGGAAGCAAUAGAGCCAAACCUCCUCCUCCUUCUCAAAGCAAUAAUUCUAUGAUACCAUCUCAAGUUGUGCUCUAUGUAUUUGCUGGUCUAUUUGUUCUUUUUUUACCGCUUGUUUUAAUUUUAAUAGUUGUGAUUGUUGGAAUUCGUAGAAAGACUAAGAAAACUUCUCGGGAAUUAACUCAAAUGAGGCAGAUCGUUCAGCCUGUUAAUCCAAAUACCUAUUCGUCAUUCCCAAGUUUACCAUCUAAUCCUCCGUUGUAUAGUGAAACUUUUCAAGCAUGUGCUCCCGAACCUACUAAAGAACCUAUAAGCAACACUAACGAAUACGAAGCUGUAUGUGAUGAUUCGGAUAAUAGGUCUAACCAAAAGAGAAAGCUAUCAGCGGAAUAUUUGGAAUGUUUACCAAGUGAUGAGGAAGAAGCGGUUUAA